AUGGGUAUCAAGAACCUCGCCAGCCUAAUAUCCGAACAGGUGCCCAAUGCAAUCAAGAACAGAGACAUCAAGUACUUCCAUGGUCGGAAAGUGGCAAUUGAUGCGUCCAUGUCGCUCUAUCAGUUUCUUAUUGCCGUGAGACAGCAGGACGGUGUGCAGCUUGCCGGCGAAGAUGGUGAAACAACGUCGCAUCUCAUGGGAAUGUUCUACCGAACUUUGAGGAUGAUAGACCAUGGUAUUAAACCAUGCUAUGUUUUUGAUGGUAAACCGCCAGAGUUGAAGAAGUAUGAGCUCGAUAAGCGGAAGGUUAGACGUGAGGAUACCGAGGCAAAGCUCAAGGAGGCCACGGAACAGGCAGAAAUUAUCAAGCAUGAGCGUAGGCUGGUGAAAGUGCUUCCUUGGCACAACGAGGAAGCGCAAAAACUACUGUCGCUUAUGGGGAUCCCCUACGUGGUAGCGCCUGCUGAAGCGGAAGCCCAGUGCGCCGAAUUGGCCAAGUCGGGCAAAGUAUACGCAGCUGCAAGUGAGGAUAUGGACACGUUGUGUUACCAGACCCCUGUCUUACUAAGACAUUUGACCUUUAGUGAGGCCAGAAAACUUCCAAUUCAAGAAUUUGACACAGACGUCAUCUAUAACACGCUAGACUUGACCCAGUCCCAAUUCAUCGAUUUGGGGAUCAUUUUAGGAUGUGAUUAUUGCGAGGGUAUCAAAGGUGUGGGACCUGUUAACGCGUUGAAACUCAUCAAGGAGCACGGAUCGCUCGAGAAUAUUGUGGAGAAGUUCGAAAAUGGCGAAAUAUCCAAUGGCAGGUGGAAGAUCCCUGAAGAAUGGCAGUACAAAGAGGCCCGUGCUCUUUUCAUGGAACCAGACGUGAUCCCCAGUGACCAAAUUACUCUUAAGUGGGAAGAACCAAAGGCAGAUGAACUCAUCGAGUUCAUGGUUAAGGAAAAGGGGUUCAACGAGGACAGAAUCAAGUCCGGGAUUGAAAGAUUACGCAAGGGUCUAAAGGUUGGUGUGCAAAAGAGACUUGACUCCUUCUUCAAGAUACAACCCAAAACUAAAGAAGAGCUCGCUGCCGCUGCCCAAAAGGCCAAAGAUGCAAAGAAAAAAGCUGCUGCCAAGGGCAAAAUCGGUAAAAGACGUUGA